UUCAUAGUUGCCCAUUUCUGUCACCAGCAAUAGAGGGACUCUCUGAGAGAAGAAAGGGAGGAUGAGCGCUGAAGGCAACUGGCGGCCUGGUAGUGUCCUCUCGAUGGCUCUGUUUGUAAAUUUUAUCACAUCUCUGGCACUAGACCACAUCUCUGUCCGUGAGAAAAUCUGGUCUGAACAGGAUGUGUGUGUGUGUUUUGAGAAUUUCACCGCAUAGCCCAGACUGGCCUCUCACUCACAGUCUUCCUGCCUCAGACUCCUGAGUGCUAGGAUUACAGAUGUGGGCCACUGCGCCUAAACAUGACUUGAUUAGUACAGAAGCCAAUGUUGACUGGUGUCUGUUGAACUCCCACUGUUUUGCUUGAAACUGGAAAACCAAUGAGCAAGGCUUCUAACUUGAAACACUUGAACCAGAGUGUAUCUGAUCCAUUCCUCAGCAGCAAGACUUGGGCCUCUGCCAUUUCUGACAAAGAUCUCCUGAUUCACAUCUGUUUGUUCCCAGGCUCUCUCCACCAUCGGUUAUUCAAGGCUAUAAAUGCACAUGUGGAAAUCCAUUGCUCACACAUCUUGAGCAGCUACAGAGUUUUCCAGGAGUUGAUUUGGGGAGAAUAAAAUAUGGAUUGACUAUCUGAUACCAAAAUACACGCUUCCAGAGAUCUAGGGGGACAGAAAUGUUCACAUCUGCACACACUGAACCUGAGAGACUGAUCUAAAGAACCAGCAUGGAGAAAUGACUUCUAUGUCCUGCAUUUCCACGGAGGCCUCUGUUCUCACAGAUUUGCAGAAUGAAGAUAUUCCGAUGUUGCUUUAAAUACACUCUUCAGCAAAAACUCUUUGUCCUGUUCUUAGCCCUGUGGCUGUUCUCCUUGUUAAAGCUUCUAAAUGUGGGCAGGCUUCUCUUUCCUCAAAGAGACAUUUAUUUGGUUGAAUAUUCCCUAAGUACCUCACCGUUUGUAAGAAACAGGUUCCCCGCCAUCGGGGAUGCUGCCAGAGAUGAAGUUAACUGCUCAGGGAUCUAUGAGCACGAGCCCUUGGAAAUCGGCAAGAGUCUGGAAAUCAGGAAGCAGAACAUCAUCGACUUGGAGGAUGGUGAUGUUGUGACGAUGACAAGUGACUGCGACAUUUAUCAGACCCUAAGAGGGUACCAUGAAAAGCUUGUCUCCAGAGAGGAGCAGGCCUUCCCGCUGGCCUAUUCACUGGUUGUCCAUAAAGACGCAAUCAUGGUCGAACGGCUCAUCCGUGCCAUUUACAGCCAGCACAAUCUCUACUGUAUCCAUUAUGACCUCAAGUCAACAGACACAUUCAAAGUUGCUAUGAACAACUUGGCUCACUGCUUCUCCAAUAUUUUCAUUGCUUCCAAAUUAGAGGCUGUGGAGUACGCCCACAUUUCCAGGCUCCAGGCUGAUUUGAACUGCCUGUCAGACCUCCUCAAGUCUUCCGUUCAGUGGAGGUACGUCAUCAACCUGUGUGGACAAGACUUCCCCCUAAAGUCAAGUUUUGAGUUAGUGUCAGAGCUGAAGAAACUCCAAGGAAGGAGUAUGUUAGAGACAGUGAGACCACCUACCAGCAAAAUGGAAAGGUUCACUUACCAUCAUGAGCUCAGACAGGUGCCUUAUGAGUACAUGAAGCUGCCAGUGAAGACAAACAUCUCCAAGAAGGCACCCCCUCAUAACAUCGAGGUGUUUGUGGGCAGUGCCUAUUUUGUUUUAAGUCAGGCAUUUGUUAAACACAUUUUGAACAGCUCCCUCGUUGAAGACUUUUUUGCCUGGUCUGAGGACACAUACUCUCCUGAUGAGCACUUUUGGGCUACCUUAAUCCGGAUGCCAGGGGUGCCCGGAGAGAUUUCCAGAUCGUCCCAGGAUGUGUCUGACCUGCAGAGUAAGACCCGGCUGGUUAAGUGGAAUUACUAUGAAGGCUUUCUCUACCCCAACUGCACGGGCUCUCACGUCCGCAGCGUGUGCAUUUACGGAGCUGCAGAAUUGCGGUGGCUUAUGAAGGAGGGGCACUGGUUUGCUAAUAAGUUUGAUUCUAAAGUGGACCCCGUCUUGACUAAAUGUCUGGCAGAAAAGCUUGAAGAGCAACAGAGAAAGCUGAUUACUCUAUCUUCAGAAAAGUUCAUUAUAGAUGGAGAUCCCAAAGCCACACAUCAUAAGGUCACUACGGACAUGAGGGUGCCUGAAACAAAACCUUAAGGAAGAUGGAAUCAUGUACCCAUGACCAACACCCUCUGAACUUAACACCUUCCAAGGAUGAAACUACUAUAGAAUUCCAUGCCUGGACUUUGAGCCUGCAGUCCGGCGGUUUGUAAGUGCUAGUCUUAAAUGUUCAGUGAUAGCACAUUUAUUGAACACCUAAGAGUGCAUCAGGCACUUUAUCAGAAGACAGCCGGAGUUAAACCUAAGUUGUAAUGAAUUGUGCACCUGGGAAGCAGUGUUUAGCCUCUGUGGUGUUCCGGAUUUCCGUGUAACACUGAGGGUGCUACGGAAGGUGACUUCGGAGGGUGCGCUCAUCGUGCAAGCUGCUCGCCUCUGGGAAGCAUGUGAGUGCAAAGCCGGCACUCCUUUUCUCAGUUCAGCAACUAAGACAUGUUUAAAUCGUCAGGAAACUAGGAGGAGGAGUCCACUACCUCAGAGAAACGCAAAGAAUUGUCCGAUCGCCUGCUUGCCAAAGUCUAAGUUACCUUUUGGUGCCUCACUUUUCUGAUUCAGGGAGAGGGAACACUGUUGGUGUGACGUUUGUAGGGUCUGCUUAUCUGAGAGGGCAGAGGGGGCGGGUGGGGGGUGGCUCGGGACAGGUGGUGCCUGAAGGGGAACAAAGGGCCUUGUUGUGUUACACAAAGUUGUCACGAAUGGCUUCCUUUUUCAUUCACUUCUGUCUUUAAAACACACACACCGGUGAAAAUGAAACUGAGCACUCGCUGAAAGUGUCGUAGACCAGACCCCUGGGCCUCUGCCUACCAUUUCACAGGUUAGCUUACUAGAUAAGACUGUGCCCUUGCUGUGGUGCGCUUCUAAGUAACUGUCAAGUCAGUAAGUUUUCUUAGAAAGGUUUUGUGGAAAUACAACAGCUUUCUCAGUUGGUUAUUGUGGUCACUUACACAUUUUUCUUUUUUAAGCAAAGUGGAAUCAAAAUACAAAAUGAUGAACACUCCAAGUUAGUGUAGCAUUUUUCUCAACUGAGCACCAAAAGGAAUAUUAAGACCUUUAUUUUAUUAAUAUCCACACUCAAAAGAAUUGUUUUACACAUGCACAUGGGUGGGCGGACACACGCACACGCACAGGUGGGAGCAGAGGCUGACACAGACUGGCUGUCUUGUGUGUCGUACCUUGCAGGCAGAGCCUUGAGAACAGCCUGCAGGAUAAAAACAGUCCCCAGGGAAAGCGGCACACGCGUGAAGGUUCCGUGUAUUCUGAUGGCAGCCACAGUAACUUCUCAAAUAGGUAGUAAUCAGGGCCAAAACCAGAUGGUGUGAGAGAAUGAAGUGCUUAAAUACCCUUUUCACUUUCUGGCUGCGUGUGAGAUGCACGUGGUGUAUUUAACAGUGGCACCAUUUUCGCUUCAUUAUCCUUAAAGACAGUAGAGGGAGGGUGGCUCAGCAGUUAAGAACAUGUGCUGUUCUCGCAGAAGACCCAAGUUCUGUUCCCAGCACCCAUACGAGGAGGCUCCCAUCUGCCUGAAACUCCAACUCUGGGGAAUCCAGUGCCUUCUGGCCUCCAAGGGCACCUACACACGCGCGUGCGCGCGCACACACACACACCCCACAUAGAGAUAAGUUUUUAAAGAGUUUGACAGUGAAGCUGCUAGGCUCUAUGAGGAGCCGUUGAGUUCUCGCCAUGGGCGCCUGUUCUCUGCGCGCUGCACACAUGGAUGUGGGUUGUGGUUUCAAGUGGAGACAAAUGUUGAAAUGCGGUUCAAGUGGAGACAAAUGUUGAAACAGCCGUGAGGUAUAAGAUAAGCACAAGUCCCAAAGUCCACGGGGAGACUUAAACCAUCCUUUUUGAAACACACAAAGGCCACAGUCACAGGGAACCUGUGUCGCCAAAUUCAGGUCUGAGAAAAAGCCCUGUCAGGGCAUGCGGAGUUUCUUUACGGCCAACCAGCAUUGCAUGUCGGUCUAGACGGGGAACAAAGGUCAGAGAAACUUUGCUAACCAUCUAGGAUCAAACUCGCAAGGUCUGUGUGUGUGUGUGUACACUUACUUUGGCCAUCAGUAGACUGUAAGUGCAACAAGCAAGUAGCAUUUAGUUAGUCCCUGUCUCUCUGGAGAGAAAGGACCCUGUUUCCUGUUUACUAGGAAGUGUCCCGGUUGCUCCAGUCUUCCAUGCUAUUUUCCAGUGGACCGUAGUCAGUGGCGAUGCCUUCCUUUCCCCACGGACACGUCUCUCUGCCCUCAAAUGUCAGCUGCUAGCAUUUCAGGGAGCCUGCUGAAGCACAGGCCUUGCCUUGGGGAUCCUGCCGUCUCCCUGUUCGCCUUCAGAGCUGAUUCUGACAAAAACCUUUUGCUACGAGUCCUUCCCCAGUCUGGGAAUGUGCAACCCUGUUUUAUAAUUGUUCUUUGUGCUGUAUUUAUUGAAUUUAGAUUCUAAUUUAUCUAAAGAUGAGUUUACGAAUUAUAUGUGAAUGUUAGAGGAAUAAUGAAAGAUGAAAGCUGUCAAAAUGUAUUAUGUGAUUAAUCUGCUGUACCCUAGGUACUAUGUGUAUCGAAAAGCCAGUAUUACCAUUUCUGUUUUGCUCAUUUUACAUAAAAAUAUCAUUGAAAGUUUGAGAUUUUAGGGCUAUAGAGAUGGCUUAGUGUUAAGAGCACUGGCCGCUCUUCCAGAGGACCCAAGUUCAAUUCCCAGAACCCUGAUGUCAGCUUACAGCCGUCGGUAACUCCAGUCCCAGGGGAUCUGACGUCCUCUCUGGCCUCGGGAGGCGCCAGGCACACAUGGUGCACAGACGUGCAUGCAGGCAGAAUACUCCUACACAUAGACUAAGUUAAAAGUUAGACAUUUCUCUUGCAUUCCAGAAUGUGAGUAUAUAUGUGCUUAAGUAUUUCAUGGAAAGUAAAAUGACAGUCUGGGGAAUGUAAAGUGAGUGUAUUGUCAAUUAUAUACAGAUUGUUCCUAUUGAUGGUAUAAUUUUCUAUUUUUUCUUGUCACUCUCUUAAGUCUCCUUUUUGUGUGGUCCCUGUUUAAUAAAUUUAUUUAAUGUAUUACUGUAGUAAUAAAUCACUUUGGUAAUAAAUUUCCCAUGUGUGAGUUUUAAA